AAAUAGUAGUUCCAGUAGAUGGCAGUAAUACACUUUUAUUAUGAAGCUUCAUUUGCUCUACAAUCCGUGCUGAGGAAGUGACGCAAGCGCGCAGUUCCGCCUUCAUCAGUCUCUUUUCGUGCUGGCUUGGCCGUCGACCGGUCCGCAAAGAUGCAGAUCUUCGUGAAGACAUUGACAGGGAAAACCAUCACCCUCGAGGUGGAACCCAGUGACACCAUCGAGAAUGUGAAGGCCAAGAUCCAGGAUAAGGAAGGCAUUCCUCCUGAUCAGCAGCGUCUGAUUUUCGCUGGUAAACAGCUGGAAGAUGGCCGCACUCUGUCCGACUACAACAUCCAGAAGGAGUCCACCCUCCACCUGGUGUUGAGGCUGAGAGGCGGGAUCAUCGAGCCGUCCCUCAGGCAGCUGGCCCAGAAGUACAACUGCGACAAGAUGAUCUGCCGCAAGUGCUAUGCGCGUCUGCACCCGCGUGCAGUAAACUGCCGUAAGAAGAAGUGUGGCCACACCAACAACCUGAGGCCCAAGAAGAAGCUGAAGUAGAGGCUCCCCUCAGGGCUCCACUCGCUCAGCUUUGUAGAAAAUAAAAACUUUAAAUGAAGGAAA